AGUAAAAUCUUAUCAAAUUUUUCGACUUUUAUGGAUAAUAAUAUAUUCUAUUAUUGGAUUGGCAACUAAGCAAUUGCGGAUUUUGUCAUUAGUUCAUUCAAUCGCUUAGUUGCUGACCCAAUAGUUAGAAGUAAGUCACAUCAUAGUAAAAAUAUCAUGGUAAAAAUAAACUUGCUAUUGUAUGAAGAUUCAUCAUUCUUGCUAUGAAUCUUCAACUAUUAAUAUAUUCAUAGUAUACAAAGAAGACAAAAUUUUAUUAUUAAUUUAAAUUUCAGUUUUAUCGAAAACAAAUACAUACAUAUCUCGUGUAAUCUAAUACGUUUAAUCUAAUAUGUUUAAUUAGUUGACGGUUUGUUGGAAUACAUUUAAACAACGUAUAACAAUUCAGAAUUUACUUUCACCUUUAAAAGCAUCAUUCUAUUUUAUAUAUAUUUCAUGAACAGUGCACAAGAUAUGAAAAACAAAGAAAUGCCACGACAGAGGAUAAUAAAGAAAAAGCUUCGAGGAACGAUAACAAAGAAUAUUCCUCAUAACUGAUAUUUAAUGUUAUUUUGUUAGAUUAUCUUCUCAUACACGAGGCAUCGAUGAAUACUUAAAACAUCGUCAAUUAGACAUCAACGAAGCUAUAAGCUUUGAAACUCAUUUAUAAUUAUAUGUUUUGUGUCAAGCAUGAGUCGUAAUUCUGUUUGCACACUUUUUUAUCGUCGUUCUUAUCUGCCAUCAAACCGCACCCUUAAUUUACGUUUGUGUACAAUAGACCACUCAAAUUGCACGUAUCGUCGUGUUCAGAAGCUUGUAUAUAUAUUUACGUCACCCUCUACGUCGAAUCGUACUCCCAGCAACCUGAGAGGAGGUUACACUCAGGCUGGCCCUACGUUGACAGAGAACUUGGCGAAAAAGGGAGACGACGCUGGACUACACGGAAAACACACGAUUUGGAGAUUAAACAAACGGUUUCCUUGCCUCCUGAAAAGAUUUGUGCUUAACUCUUAACGCUACGACUUUUAAUUGUGAAUAUCGACCGGCAACUCCAACUUAUUCUCGUCAUACUUCGAUUUGCAAGUUUUUAAGUGUCAAAUUUUAAAGAGUAGAGCGCCGCACAUCGGUGGUGCUAGAGAGGCACAUUUGUAGAGUUAAAGGUUAAGUUGCGCGCGAAAUAAAUUAAAUGGCGGGAAUGCUUGCGUAUAAAUAAUCGUACGAGUUCAUUAUGAAGGUGUAUUCGUUGAUUUACACAUUUGUAGCGUCUAUUUUUAUAGCGAUGGCUGAUAAAAGAAAUAUCUUUUUAUCGAAGGGAAAAUCGUGGAUUGCAGAUGAAUAUUUUACGAAACUUAUCAAGUUGUCGUUUACUUCUUCUGGAUGCUGCAACGUUUUCUUAAGCGAUACGACUGAAGAUUCGGAAACGUUGUUCAAUCAAUUCAGAAGCAUCUAUCCAUCCAAUUACCUCUUGAAAUCGGACACGCACGACUGCCACGAAUUCUUUUUGUUGGGAUCAAGUGAAGAAGGAAUCAUGGAGUCUAUAAAAAAAAUACCGUUACUACAGUGGAAUACAGAGAUUCUGAUUAUAGUGAAUAACGAUAUUUCCAAUGAUUCUUGUCUAUUGAAUAAUUCUGUGUACGGAAUUGCAAAUAUAAAUAUUGUCUCUAUGUCGGGAAUGUGGAUAUUAUCAAAAGACUACAUAAAACCGCGAGUCUUUACUAAAGUUGACAGAUACAAGGAAAUUCAGAUAAACGACAAGGUAAACUUUCAUGGUAGAGAAUUACAAGUCUGCAGCGAUUAUAUUCCUCCUAUGACGUACUUGAAUCAUACAAUUCAGAAAACGAUUAAUGGUAUACAAGCAGAAGUAUACACAAUGGAUAGUGAUUUGGAUUGGGACGGUAUCGAAAUGCGGUUGUUUCUAAUAAUGGCGGAAAAAUUAAAUUUCACGUGGACUUUGAGGAAACCAGAGGGAAACUACACAUAUGGCAAACGAAUCAACGACACAUAUUGGAUGGGCGGUAUAAUACAAAUGAUACGUGAUCAGAAAGUAGAUUUAGCGUUCGCCAGUAUUUGGCUAAUAUUGGAUCAAGAAAGAUUCGUGCAGUUAUCCGAACCUUGGUACCAACUACAUAUACAUUUUUUGGUACCUCGUCCUCGUCGAACCACAGACUUUUUGGCUCUCAAAAGACCAUUCUCAGAAGAAGUUUGGUUCUUACUCUUAUCUGUACUGUUACUACACAGCUUCUAUGCAUAUGUUCGGACUUGGAUUGAUCCUAAAUUUCCGAAACGAUAUCGUAAUUUUCUAAUUAUCCUAACCGAUCUGAUUGGCUGUUUACUAAGCAUGUCGGUACCGAAGAGUGUCGGGACCACGAUGAACAAACUACAGAUUCUUUUCUGGCAGACUGCGGGCUGGUUAAUAAUUGCAGCUUAUUGCAGUAGCCUUGCGGCUAGACUUGCGAGUUCAGACUACGAGGACAGGAUCGAUACCAUCGAACAAUUUGUUCAAGCAAAUUUGCAAUGGGGAAAAAUGGGUCAACCACCUCCAUUCGCCGAUUUCUUCGACCUCACGAAUCCACAUGCAGCGCAACUACCGAAUAGAUAUCGUCAAAUACAAAAUAGUACACAGUUAAAGCAAUUCAUUACGCAAGGUAAUUACGCUAUUCCAGGAAAAAUACUAGACACUUACUUUUUUCCAACCGACUAUAUAUCAAACGAAGACUUAAAGAAUUAUAGAUUGAUGAGAGAACCUGUGGGACACUUUUAUGCUGCUUUUGCCGUUCAACCAUGGCUUCUGAAACCCAUAAACAGGAUCAUUCUCUGGUUAAAGGAAACCGGCAUCGUUAUUUGGCAUUUGCGCGAUGUUAUUCGCAGACGAGAUAAUUAUAAUCUACGCGAAGUAUUCGUGGAGCACGAUAGAUACGACGGACACGUUCAAGUUCUCGGAUUGAUGCCGCUAGGCGCUGGAUUUUUCUUCUUACUCGUUGGCAUGUCGAUUGCAACGUUUGUAUUUUACUUGGAGUUGAAACGCACUGCUAAAACUGCCUCUGUUCACGAUUGUCUUCGCCAUAUGGAUAAAAUACACGAUGCAUAAAUAACAUAAUCGUAAACAUGCAAUAAUUUUAUAUAAUUGCUAUAUCAUUGUACAAAUAAAGCAAUCUCGUCGUCAAAUUGUUGACAAUUCUAAUCUUCAUAAAAAUGUGAAAUAUCUCAUCACUAACAAUUUGAGGACGAGAUUUUAUUAUCAUUUCUCGACAAAAUAUACAUUAUUAGAAUUUGCACGUUUAAGAAUUUGGAAUAAAGGUCAUUAAUAAUUUAAAAAAUAAAUUGUAAUUUAAAUUCCGAAAUAUUACGCAACAUCAACCGCUAAAUGUCACUCAUGGGGCACUGCGCAUCGUAUACAUAUGUAGUAUGCCAGUACAACCAGCGUAGAAAUAUAGUGUGAUCGUGUAGUAACAUAGUCGUGAUUUGAAUACAUCUUCUUACUGAUGAUCCAUGAUUACAAUAAAACAAAAUGAAUCACACAUAAUUCAAUAAAAUAAUAUAAAACAAAAAAAGGUUUUGCAUCUAUUAUUUCUUUAUAAAACGAAAUUUAAUAAAUAAAACGAAAGAAACUUUUGAAAUAACCUAAUAUUUGAACACUUCUUCUAUGAAUAUAUGUAUAUAUCAUAAAGUAAAUAUCCUUAAAUUACAUCAGCACGGUAGUAGAAACGAAUCUGAGUAUGUAUAAAGAAAUUACGAGGUAUUAGUAUAUAAGUUACAACAUUUAGCGAGAUCAUUAUUGACAUUUUUUCAUCGCAGCUUGCAUCUUCGCAGUCUAAAGGUUAAUUUAGAAAACGCGAGAUUUCCUCUAACAUUCGUAAUAGUAUAUUUUUUCUAUUUGGAGGAUCGUCACCGCUUGAACGUCACGCAGCGAAUUUCAGUGACUUAUCUAAUAAAUAUCUCUAAGAAUCCUUCACAACGCAUAGGAGGACAAUAAAUGACGCUUCGUGCUGAUUGGUCAUUUUCUUGCGUUAAGUGAAAACCAAUCAGCGUCCGUAUUUCGGAAUCUCCGUUGCGGACCUUAUUAGAGCUCGACAUGACAUCUGCAGUUUCAUUUGUGUCGUUCAACCGCGAACAUCAACUAGGAAGUUAUUAGAUACUCGAGAGAGAGAGAGAAAGUCUCUUUAUUAGAAACAAUUGGUAUAAUCUUGUUCGUGAUUUCGAAUCAAUAAUAUCUUCUCCGCCAGACAUGCCCACUGGAAGUGGAGCAUUUGAAAAGAUAGCAGUCCCACCUGCAUAUCCUGACUUAUCAACAUUUCAAAGCAUUCGUGGAGACAAAAUCGUUCCAUUAGUCGCAACGAUCAGUUGACCGCCUUCCCAACCAUACUCGACUCGUCAACGUCUCCAAUUAUUCGUAUCAUUACGUGGAGUGAAGUAUCGUUCAUCAGUGAACAGUCACACGGGGAUUUUUCAAUUGUAAGCAGCAUCGAUAUGUGUUCGCGGACGAGUAUGAUAUCGUUAAUCAUUCGUAACGUUCAAUCGUAUAUCACGUCGCAUCUGUUUCGUAACGUAUAAUCAUCUGCAAUCUAAAAUAUGCUGAUAUCGUCUUGUUGAAAUGAUCUGGAACACCUUGUAUAUUGUAGAUUUUAAUAAAAUAGGACCUGUGACGAAGCGUUAAGAUGCAGUGAAAACGGUGCCGUGUUGAACCCUGUAAUUUUCUACGUGAAAUCUUUAAUUCUGACAUUA